GGCACUUGCUCACUGCAAAUGACAAAAUUCCCUGUCCCACUUGCAGAGUUGAAGUUAACGUACCUCAAGCUGGAGUCGCGGGAUUACCAAAGAAUUUUGAAUUGUUACGCAUCUUGGAUGUCACACCUCAACAACAAGAAGGUGAAAGUUUAUUCAGCUGCGAGGGUUGUGAUGAUAAGCAUCCGGCAAUCGUCUGCGACGAAGAUAUGUGUAAGGUUGCAGCCAAAUUUCACACUCGCUAUAAAGUAAUGAAUCAUCACGCACUCUUCUCACUGGAAUCAGCCACUGCAACUGCGUUUUGUUCAAAGCACAGCCAGCCAUUCCGUUUAUUCGACGAGACCUGCAAUCAUAUG